UCACCCAGGGGGAGUGCUGGUUGGGGGAGUGGUUAGGUCAGGUCAUGUGAUUUAGGUGCGGUCUCUCCAAGGUUUCCUCUCCUGCAUGUGAGCUUCUGGUCACUUGUUUAGGGAACCACACAAACAGAAGUCACAAUGUCCUUCGAUCUGUCGGCAGCUGUAGGUGGGGCAGAAGAGGUGGUGAAGAAGGAGGAGGCUCAAAAGGAUGAGAUUAACUGGCCAUGGAAAAAGAACAAGGAAGAUUCCAAGGACAAGUCUGGCAGUAAAGACAAGUCUCAUGACAAGGACAAGUCUGGCAGUAAAGACAAGUCUCAUGACAAGGACAAGUCUGGCAGUAAAGACAAGUCUCAUGACAAGGACAAGUCUCACGACAGUAAGCACAAGUCUAAGGACAAACACGGCAAAGAGCACAAGAACAAGGAGAAGAAGAAGAAGGAACACAAGGAUGGAAAGAAAUCAGGCUCCUCAUCCUCAUCCUCCAGCAGUGACGAGGAUUGAUGCUUCCUGUGGGAUCAGACUGCGCUGUUAGUCUCUUGUGAGCUUGUCUAUUGACAAAGUGAGUGUGUGUGUGUGUGUGUGUGUGUGGUUGAGUGUGUAGUACCAGUGCCUGUCCUGUCACUGGUGUCACAAAAACAUACUGGUAUUGUGUAAACAAAUAUGCUGAUUCCUGAAAGUAAAUGUUCAGACAACAAGCACAA